AUGAGUGGAACCUCAAUGAUGGCUCAGUCGUCUGUAGCAUCGUCACCUGCGAGCAGCAGUAGCGGCAGCACUCACCAGCGCCCGUCAGCGGAUCAGCUGGCCAAGAUGGUGCACCAGAUGGACGAGGAGAACGCGCUGGAGUUUGUCAGCAUCGACGCCACAAGCAGGGACCAAGUGUUUCACUUUCUGCAUGACCACCCAGACGCCACAGCGGUUGUCAACGCCGUCGGCCUCCUCACGCGCAACUACGAGGACGCGCGGCAGGUUAAUGGAGAUGUCAUGACGAACAUUGCGGCCGGCGUCUUUCACCCGAAGCUGGCGCAGGCGGUGCAGAAGGUAGUGUACGUGUCGGCGGAGCCGUACAACCUCUACUCCCGGCGCAUCCUCGGAAGCAAGCAUCUCUUGAAGGGGUACUUCCACGGUAAGCGCAUCGGCGAGAAGGCUGUUCUGGAGAACCUUGGCAACAAAGGAGUGGUGCUGCGGCCCAGCUUCAUCUACGGCACGCGCCACGUCCUCGUCACCUCCGCCGUGAACCCCGACGCCGUAAGCACGCUCUCCCUACCGCUGGGCUGGAUCGGCCUGCCACUGGACAAGCUACUGACGGCCAUCGGUGGCGGCAAGGUGCUAAUGCCGCCGGUGAGCGUGGACGUGGUGGCCGAGGCAGCCGUGCGCGCGUGUGCGUGGGCGAAUCAUCCUGGAAAUGAUAUACACGGUAUCUGUGAUGUGUACCGCAUGCAUCACAUCUGCACCGCUGUCGACCCGUCGCUGCACGAGGACCGCAAGGACCGCAUGACAGCAGCCGCUGCGUCGGAGAAGAAGAUCAAGCCCAAGAACGACACGUAG